UAAUGGCCAAGGAUCCGGUCUCCAACGCAACAACUAAGAACUCUCCCAAACCCAAAAGUCAUCGCUACUUUCCUCCAUCUUUUUUUCCUUACUUUUGCCAUUAACACGUACCACAUUCACUUCCAUCUCUCAAUCUCUAUACACAUUCCACAUCUUCACUCUCUAUCAAAAUUCCUUUCAUUUUCAUCUUACUCUUUCCACCACUUCAAAACAAACCCUAAUUCUCCACAUUACUCAAAUGGAAAACCAUACCUACCAAUCAAAGCUCAAAUCUCAGUUAGAGCUCUUAAUCGAUUUUGAAGAUGAUAAUAGAGACGACGAUGAUGAUUAUGGCUUGAAAACGUUUUACCCGUGCCCAUUUUGCGAGGAUGAUUUUGAUAUUCUAGAGCUUUGUUGCCAUAUUGAUUUGGAACAUCCAAUUGAUGCUACCUCUGGGCUUUGUCCAGUUUGUGGCGUGUGGGUGGGAUCAGAUUUGGUUGAGCAUAUAACAGCUCAACAUGGAAACUUGUUUAAGAGUGAUUACAAAUCAAAAUACCAUCAUAAACAUGAUUCGUACUCAAAACUUUCCUUUUCAAGAAAGGGUGGACGGCAUGGACACUUGCAAUCUUCUUCAGACGGGUUGUCUUCGCCUGUGAUGUCAACCUCCAAGGCGGCUUAUGAUCCAUUUCUGUCAUUUGUAUGUGGCUCACCUGCUUCUGGUGAACAUGGAAUUGUGCAGCCUGAUUCUUCAAGUGAAGCAAGCAUUGAAGAAAUACACUCUGAUGAUACAUUGUUAGAAAGAGAUGUUCCACCACCUUUAUGUGAGAAAGACAAAGUGGAGAAAGCAAGGCGAAGUGAGUUUGUACAAGGGCUUUUGUUUUCGACUAUUCUUGAUCCUGACUUUUGACCCAUACAUAUCAGUUUUUAUCAAUUUGGUGGGUGGAAAAAGGAGAGUAAAAGUAGGCCAUUUCAUCUUGAGAUGAUAAUUAGUAUGUGUAAGAAUCAUAUGCAUGCAUUGUGAUGUUUCUAGUCUAUAAUAUAGAGAGCUAAGCUAUUCAAUAAAAAAAAGAAGAGAGAGCUAAGCUAUUUGUAGAAAUUAUAUUUAUAUAUUUAUUAUGUAAUGUACAUUCAAGUUUAUGAAAUUUAAUUAGUUUAGAAAA